AUGUGGCUACACACAGCUUCGUGGCAGACAUGCUCACUGGAUUGUCCUGGGGCAGGGCAGCUCCACACGCCUCGGGCUGAACUUGGUGAGGCUGGAUCUCAGGCUGUGACUGGCAAACAGGAAGAACUCCCUGUCAGAACAUCAGGAGGAAAAACCAGAAGACAAGAAACUGACGGACUGGCUACAGAAAGUUGCUGGAGGACCACUGCAGAGACGAACAACCCAAGACUAACCUGGGCAGAACUCAGUCAGGUUAAGGUGUCACAAAGACGGUGAGUGAAACCUAAGAGCACUAAUAGAUCCAUUUCAAUAACUGAGCAGGAAAUGGCCCAUGCGGAAUUCAAUCUUCAAGUUGCUUCUCAGGAGCUUCAAGGGACUGAUAAGAACUACCACUGCAAAGGGAGGUACAUUGCUGAGAUUCUGGGAAUCAUCUGCCUUGUCUUGAUGUCCACUGUGGUAAAAAUAAACGUUAUUCCCUCUACUGAAGGACCAGAGCAGAACAAAACAUCCCUGGAAACAAAGAUCCAGAAAGCAUGUCUCUGUUGUCAUUGUCUGAAAGAGUGGUUUACGUAUUCCAACAAUUGCUAUUACAUUAGCACUGACAGAAAAUCAUGGAAUGAGAGUUUGACAUCCUGUGCCUCUAACAACUCUAACCUGCUCUACUAUGAUGAUGAAGAGGACAAGUUUUUAUUGAAUUUACUCUCUGCUACAACAUGGAUUAGAGGCUCCAAUAGAAGCCAUCAUAGUUCAUCUGUGCAGCCAAAAGCCUUAACGUUUUCUUCUGAAGUGUUGUCAGUAUCUUCAGAGAUUGACAAGAAUUGUCCAUAUAUCGAUUUUCGUCUAAAAAAAAUUUAUUUUUCACCUUGCUCAGUAAUAAGACCAUAUGUGUGUAAGCACCAGGCAUUUUAGUUACCUCAUUUCGGUAUAAUGCUAUUUAACCAUUGAUAAGGAAUCCAUCACUCAUUACUUCAACAACCAUACAAUUGUUUUCGUUGCACAUUUUGAAGAUAAUAUUUUUUAGUGUAAUUUUAGAUUCACAACAAAACUAAAAGGAAGUUCCAGAGAACCCUCUAUUGCCCCUGUCUGCACACGUGCAUGGCCCCUUCCAUUAUCACCCUCACUCCCUAGAAUGUUUCAUUUGUUAUCAAGGAUGAAUCCGCAUCAAUGCAUAUAUA